GAGAGAUGUCCUUGUCUUUAGACACUGACAACCCAGCCAGAGGAAGAAAUCAGCUCCAGAGGUGAAGAAAUGGCCUUGGGCUGAGGUACAGCCAGGACCCUAUGACCAGCUGUCCCUUCCAGCCCACAACGAUGGAGCCAAGUGAUUCUUCCUAUGUGGACUCUGUGUUCCGAUACACGCUCUUCCCAAUUGUUUACAGCGUCAUCUUUGUGCUGGGGGUCAUUGCCAAUGGCUAUGUGCUGUGGGUCUUUGUCCACCUGUACCCUUCUAAGAAACUCAACGAGAUAAAGAUCUUCAUGGUGAACCUCACCAUGGCGGACCUGCUCUUCCUGAUCACUCUGCCGCUGUGGAUUCUCUACUACUACAACCAGGGCAACUGGAUUCUUCCCAAAUUCCUAUGCAAUCUGGCUGGUUGCCUCUUCUUCAUCAACACCUACUGCUCCGUGGCCUUCCUGGGCGUCAUCACUUAUAACCGCUUCCAGGCGGUAACUCGGCCCAUCAAGACUGCUCAGGCCACCACCCGCAAGCGUGGCAUCUGUUUGUCCCUGGUCAUCUGGGUGGCCAUUGUGGCUGCUGCAUCCUACUUCCUUGUCAUGGACUCCACCAACACAGUGCCCAACAAGGCUGGCUCAAGCAACAUCACCCGCUGCUUUGAACAUUACGAGAAGGGCAGCGUGCCGGUCCUCAUCAUCCAUAUCUUCAUUGUGUUUAGCUUCUUCCUCGUCUUUCUCAUCAUCCUCUUCUGCAACCUGGUCGUCAUCCGCACGCUGCUCAUGCAGCCGGCGCGGCAGCUCCGCAAUGCUGAAGUCAAGCGCCGGGCACUGUGGAUGGUCUGCACGGUCUUGGCGGUAUUUGUCAUCUGCUUUGUGCCCCACCACAUGGUGCAGUUGCCCUGGACCCUGGCGGAGCUGGGCUUCCAGAACAGUCACUUCCACCAGGCUAUUAAUGAUGCUCAUCAGAUCACCCUCUGCCUCCUUAGCACCAAUUGUGUCUUGGACCCCGUCAUCUACUGUUUCCUCACCAAGAAGUUCCGCAAGCACCUCACUGAAAAGUUCUACAGCUUGCGCAGCAGCCGGAAAUGCUCCCGGGCCACCACGGAGACGGGAACCGAAGUGGUCGUGCAACUCAACCAGAUCCCUGCCAAUUCUCUCAAAGAUUGAUCCCUCUUGUUGGGGCUAGGCUCAAAGUCUUCUCCGCCAUGGACAUCAUGGACUGAGCUGGGGAAGAAGGGAUCUGCUGUGGCCUGGGCACCUCCUCCUUGGACACUGGUGGCCCAUUAGGGAUGGAGACUACCUCACCCAGGCAGGGAUGAUGGCUGAACUGGACUGCGAGAAAAUCCAGAGCUUCACUGAGCCCCUUCACCCACCUUUGGACAUGUACUGGAGUAACCUUGGCUCGUGACUUCAUCCUGAGCCCCUGAGUCUGAAGGGGCUGAGAGGAAUAUCAGGGUCAAGUGCAGACUUUGAGCCUCCCAGUUUACCCCACUUGUGUACCAGCCUAAAGCUUUGGGCAACCAUUCCCAAGCGCUAAGGACAGAGAAUGGGUUUGGGGAAAAUGACACGCCCUGGCUGUGUGGCAGUAUCUUUGGGGCAGACUUCUGAGAUAGAAUGUUGCCAUCCUCUUGCCACCCACAGGCACGAAGUCUUUGUGACAAUUCUCAGGGGAAGUUCAGUGGAACUAGCAACCUGACCUGAAUGGUGACCAGAAAAGAUACAUGAACAGAGCAAAAGCUAGGAUGGGAGCUUGUUUCCUGGAGCAGAUGGGUCUCUCUGCACAGGCCUCACCUCCGGCCUGGGUCAGCUCUGGGGGAGUGGGAGGGAGAUGACCACCCCAUUCAUCUUUCUGUCUCAACAACAGACCCUGAUUAAGUACCUUCUGUGGGGCAGCCACCCAGUGUGGGUGGGCAAAGGCCCCUCAAAGCAAAAUUGGGGCCAUCUAGGACAGGGCACCUCCAUGUCCAGAGGCUUCCGUGGGAACAGGCACUUGGACUGGGAAGGGCCGGAGGCCUCUUGGUGGAAGGAGCCUGUCAGUUCUCUUCCACUGCACUCUCUGGGAGGCCCCUCUUAGCCCAGCUUCUGGAAAGUGGGAGGUGUCAGCUUGUCUUGAGGACCUCUAGAAGCCUGCUUGUGAUUUUUUGGGAAGUAUGUUCAAAUGAGCCUCCCCUCUCACCCUGUGACAAGUACUU